GGGCUGCCACAAAAAAAUAAAUACAAGUCCUCACUCUCAAAAGAAGAAAUGAAUAAAGCAAUACUUUCACUUUUCGUAACUUCGUAUCUUUUAUACCAAGCUGCUUAUUCUGAGCUUCUCGACUCAUUGUCAGCUCCUGAUUUGGAACUACAGAGUUGGAAAGAUGUGGAGCAAAAUAUCGGAAACUCUUCAUGCAUGAACCACUUAAAAACGCAAAUGGACGAAGCAUGUAGGCAGUUAGGGGAAAGCACCAUGGUAUCCGUGGACUUCGCCAAUUGCAAGAUGGGAUGCCAGAAUGCGACGGCAGCAUCCGUGAAACCUUACAAUAUGCCCAACGGCACAUCUUGUGGAUUUUAUGGCGAAAAAUGCCAAAAUGGAAAAUGCGUGGGCCAAUGCGAAAUGGAGCCCGAAGAAUCUCUCGAAUCGCCCGAAAAAAAUGUCUGAACAAAGCACAUGUCAUCAUGCGCUCCGACGAUGUGACAUUAUAGCAAGAGGAUCCGAGAAAA